AUGAAGAGUCAGAUUGUCCGCUUGGCCUGGUUUCCUCGGUUGGCGAAGGCGUGCCGGCUCUGGGUGGACAAGUGUGGUCAGUGCAUGGACACUAAAGCGGCGGGUCGGUUGGCUAUGCUCACGGCUCCUAGGGUUCCGCGAGGUCUGAUCGACGGGAAUCAACGGAUGAAACACUUGACAAUUGAUCAUGGCUUUCCAAGCAAGGAUUGGUUGUCUCCUAACGAUCCUGAUCUCACCUGCUUCUUGGUUAUAACCGACUCAGCCACUGGUUACUGUGUUGUGGCGGGAGCUCCAUCUACUGCUGCUGAGGUUACGCUGAAAUUGCUCUGGGACCGUUGGGUGGCUUACUUUGGCAUUCCUCUGAGCCUGAUGUCGGACAACGCGUUGGAUUCUCAGAUGAUGCGACACUCUCUGGCUGCCACAGCCAUUUACUUGCCGGUUCCCGCGUGGAGUCCGUUCUCAAAUGGUUUGGCGGAGGUGCGAGUGAAAAGGCUUAAGCAGAUUGUAUCAGUGAUGGAACUGCCUUGGGACGAGGCUCUCUUGUAUGCCCAAAUGACGGCAAAUUCUGCUGCUCGUGCCUCUGGGGCAAGUGCUGCGGAGUUGGUCAUGGGGAGUCGGAUAUUAACACCCUUGGAAGCUUUGGUGGGUGCCAUGGUUCAGGCUAAGGAGAUGGAAGGUACCACGGUGGAGGUGGAUUCAUCGACGGCCGACCCCACACACAUCAAGGAAGUCGUGACUCGUCUUUUGGAUCGUGAACGAGUUACAGUGCUUGAGACCCGCUUGCGAGAAUCAGCGCGAUUCGCGCUGCGCGAAGGAUGGCAUCAAGCAGAGGUCACAAGAAAGAUAUCACAGAUCUGGAGGACGAAACCCUGGUGGUGUGGCGCCGACCGGGCGCUCUGGACGUUGAGGGUCACGUGGUGA